UCGUUGGCCCCCGCCGCUAGCCGAAGAUCACUUGUUUUUUGCGCGGUGCCCAGAGCGGAUGUGUUGUGUGUUUAUCGGCGAGAGACCGAAACGAAGUUCGAGUUCAAGAAUCCAACCAACGAAUGUAUUGAAAAGAUUUGAAAAUAUUUUAAGGAACAAGAUCGGAGACCGUACCGGAGUCGAAAAGUGAACCGUUACGCAGUUCAGUUUUGAGUUUUGAGUUUUGAUUUCGCGGAAAUACAAUAGCCGGAAAAUGUCAGCGAGCAAUUAGUGCAGUUUCUCGUCCAGAUCCAGAGCCACAGUCAGACAUAAAGAGACAAGAGUAGGGACAAAAGGAUUGGCUGACUGGCGUAAUAAAUAAUAAACAACGACACAUCCAGAGCUGAUGAAAACGCCCACAGUGGAAUACGCAACAACAGCAACAGAAACAGAAACAACGACGACGACAGCAGCUACAAAAAGCAACAAAAAAGCUAAUUAAUUAAUUUUGAUAUAAAGUUCAAAGUGCGCCCCCAGCACGAGUGCAAGUGGAACUUUUGUACAUGUACACGACAAUUAGAAGGAGAACUACAACUACCAACAGCGAAAGCAAAAGCAACAGCAAAAGCAACAAAAUGUCCAACUGCCAAAGUUCAGUGUUCAUAGCCGUAGGCACCCUGCUCUCCAUUUUGGCGGCAGUGCAGGCGGCACCAGUAUCCACCACCACACAGGCCGAGAUGUAUCUCUCCCAGUUCGGCUAUCUGCCCGCCUCCGCCCGCAAUCCUGCCAACAGUGGACUCCAGGACAAGUCAACAUGGCUGAACGCCAUCCAGGAGUUCCAGAACUUUGCCGGCCUCAACAUUACCGGCGAGCUGGACGACGAGACCCUGAAGCUGAUGUCCCUGCCCCGUUGCGGAGUGAGGGAUCGCGUCGGCACGGGCGACAGUCGUUCGAAGCGCUAUGCCCUGCAGGGCAGUCGCUGGCGGGUGAAGAACCUCACCUACAAGGUCUCCAAAUACCCCAAGCGGUUGAAGCGCGUGGAUGUCGAUGCUGAGAUUGGCCGCGCCUUUGCCGUUUGGUCCGAGGACACCGAUCUUACCUUCACGAAGAAGACCACCGGCCCCGUGCACAUCGAAAUCAAGUUCGUAGAGAGCGAGCAUGGCGAUGGCGAUGCCUUCGAUGGACAGGGCGGCACCUUGGCCCACGCCUUCUUCCCCGUUUUCGGUGGCGAUGCGCACUUUGACGACGCAGAGCUGUGGACCAUUGGCUCGCCCCGCGGCACCAAUCUGUUCCAGGUGGCGGCUCACGAAUUUGGACACUCCCUGGGCCUGUCGCACUCCGACCAGAGCUCGGCUCUGAUGGCACCCUUUUACCGCGGCUUCGAGCCUGUGUUCAGGCUGGACGACGACGACAAAGCGGCCAUCCAGUCGCUGUAUGGCAAGAAGACCAACCAGCUGAAGCCCACCAAUACUUACCCGCCCAGCACGCAACGCCCCUCGUUUACGCCACCAAAGGUGCCGCUGGACGACAGCAUCUGCAAGGACUCCAAGAUCGAUACGCUCUUCAACUCGGCCCAGGGCGAGACGUACGCCUUCAAGGGCGACAAGUACUACAAGCUGACCACGGACUCCGUGGAGGAGGGCUACCCCCAGCUCAUCUCCAAGGGAUGGCCGGGACUGCCGGGCAACAUCGAUGCCGCCUUCACGUACAAGAACGGAAAGACGUACUUCUUCAAGGGCACCCAGUACUGGCGCUACCAGGGACGACAGAUGGACGGCGUCUAUCCCAAGGAGAUCAGCGAGGGAUUCACCGGCAUUCCCGAUCAUCUGGACGCGGCCAUGGUCUGGGGAGGCAAUGGCAAGAUCUAUUUCUUCAAGGGCAGCAAGUUCUGGCGCUUCGAUCCCGCCAAGCGGCCGCCCGUCAAGGCCAGCUACCCCAAGCCCAUCUCCAACUGGGAGGGGGUGCCCAACAACCUGGACGCGGCGCUCAAGUACACCAACGGCUAUACGUACUUCUUCAAGGGCGACAAGUACUAUCGAUUCCACGAUGCUCGCUUUGCGGUGGACACUGCCACGCCCGCCUUCCCCAGACCGACGGCACAUUGGUGGUUCGGCUGCAAGAAUACGCCCUCGUCCACAGGUAAUAUUGUCGAGGGCUCGGACUCUGAGUACGAACAGCACUCGAUGGUAUCGCAUGCCGAUGAUGGUAAUAGUGAUUUUGAUUUGGACGCAGCAGUUGGCGAUCACCAAAGCAACGACGAGCCCAUCGGACCGGAAGUGGCCGAGCGUACGGGUUCCGGAGCCAUGUCCGUUUCGCAGAUGACUGGCAGCUCGGCAGUCAACACUGUGAUCUCCACCAUCCUGUUGUGCUUCAUUUCCAAACUGAUUGUUAGCUAAAAGAGCCAGGCAGAGCAUUUUCCGAAACAUAAACACUUAGGAACUUAGGAAAACUGAACUAACUGAAAGCCGAAACAACUCAAGUAAAAUUUCUAAAAUUUUACCGCACGUUGGACACCGAAAAUGCUUGAAAUUCAAAUGCGUAACAUCAUAUCGAAUACAAUGAGAGGAAAUGCAAAUCAAAAUAGUCCCAACAAAAAUUGAAAUCAAACAGAAUAUCAAUUGUAAAUUGAGCGAUCAGCAUGUGAAACAGG